ACAACCAGGAAGUGAUAGAACGGGACGAGAUGAACCAACGUGAAUGUCAAGUGAAAGCGGAGCCAGCAGUUUGAUGCAUAAAUCGACAAUAAUUUAUUUCUUUAAACAUUUUCGCCACGUAUGCAUUUAGCGGUUUAGCAUUCGUGAUGUUAUGAAGAUGUUUCGGGCAGCGACGCAAAGGCUUUCUGUUGCUACCGCGUCCCGACGAAUGUUCAAAACUCUGAGGCAUUUCUGCAAGAAGGCACCGAGGAAGCUUCGUGUUUCUGAGGCACUUUCAGGCGCUGACUUGGAAGCAAACGUCCAAGUGCAGGGAUGGGUUCGCUCCGUCAGAUCCCAGAAGGCAAAUUUGUUCCUGGACGUUAACGAUGGGAGCUGCCUGCAGUCGCUGCAGAUUGUCGCCAGUCCUCAGCUAAAUGACCCCCUGCUGACAUUCGGGAGCGCCGUUGAGGUCCAAGGAGUCCUGAAGCAAAGUCUGCACGCCAAACAGCCCGUGGAGCUGGCAGCGGAGCACAUUCGCGUGGUUGGAGAAUGUAACUCGUCGGAUUUCCCGUUGAAAAUCAAAGAGCGCCACAAGCUGGAGUACAUCCGGCAGUUCCCUCACCUCCGCUGCAGAACAAACACCUUCAGCUCCCUGCUGAGGAUACGCAGCGAGGCCACUUCGGCCGUUCACUCGUAUUUCAAGGAAAAUGGCUUUCUGCAAAUUCACACGCCGAUCAUCACCUCCAACGACUGCGAGGGGGCGGGCGAGCUUUUUCAGAUCGAGCCUUCCAGUCAGCAGAGCAGCGAGGACGAGAACUACUUCUCGAUUCCGGCCUACUUGACCGUGUCUGCUCAGCUCCACUUGGAGAUCAUGGCAGGGUCAUUUUCUAGAGUCUACACAUUUGCGCCGGCCUUUCGCGCGGAGAACUCCCAGAGCCGACGCCACCUGGCUGAGUUUUUCAUGGUGGAGGUGGAGUUGGCCUUCACCCGGUCCGUAGAGGACCUCACCGAGGUCAUGGAGGACAUGUUCAAACGGAUCACCGAGCGCGUGUUGGACCGCUGCGCUGAAGACGUGGACUUGUUUCAUAAGCACGUGAGACCGGGACACAGGGAUACCGUGGAGGCCACGCUGAAGGAGCGAUUCCUCGUGAUGACCUACAGCGAGGCUAUAAACAUCUUAAAGCGGAGCUCACAAACGUUCGCCUUCCCCACAAACUGGGGCUGCGACCUUAAGACGGAGCACGAGAACUACCUGGUGAAACAUUGCGGCACGCGGCCGGUCUUUGUCGUCGAUUAUCCCUACCAGCUCAAGCCGUUCUACACCAGAGACAACCGGGACCAUCCCGAGCACACGGCGGCCGCCGUGGACCUUCUCGUGCCCGGCGUCGGCGAGGUGUACGGGGGCUCGCUGAGAGAGGAGAGGCUGGACCUGCUGAGGGCUCGCCUGGAGAAGAUUGGAUUAGAAGACAAGUACAACUGGUAUUUGGAUUUGAGGCGUUUUGGCUCCGUCCCACACGGCGGCUUCGGAAUGGGAUUUGAGCGAUAUCUGCAAUGCAUUCUGGGAGUGGACAACAUCAAAGACGUGAUUCCUUUCCCGAGAUUUUCACAUUCUUGUCUGCUGUAGUGUCAACAGUCGGACGACCUUUUCUACAUGAUGCCAAGAACAGUUCAAACAGCUAUUUAAUGUCAGAAUUGAACAAUAGAUUGCUCCAUUAAAUCGUCAAAUCAUGUGCGACUGAAGCAUAGAAGGCUGCUGCCAUGUUCACUCGUGAAAAUAGAAACAUUGAGUCUUGAGUUCGAGUGCCGCCAGACUAUCGCAAAAUAGCUGAAAUGGUUACAUUUUAGCCGUACUUUUAUUUAAUGAGUUUUUUUUUUUCCGACUUAUGUGGAAAUUUACUACAGUAAAUCUUAAAGGUUAAAAGAAUCAUCAAUCAUUGACAUCUUUGAGGAGCCUUUUUUUUUUUUUUUUUUUUUAUAAAAUCAAUUGACUGUAAUUGUUCACUUACAGUCAAGGCCGCAACAUUAGGGACACUAAUGUUACCCUUAUUUUGAGACACAAGUGGAUCAAACUAUUCUAAACGCUUUUCGUUUUGUAUAAUUAUUGCAGUUGUACGCCACAAUAAUAAACAUUGUUUUAUUAAUA